CUCCCGUGUGUGGCGCGCUCCGCCCCGCUCCAGCAUGUAGCGUCUGCUCAUCCAGUGACAGCUCCGCCAGCAGCAGCCUCUGCGGGCACACUGCUCCAGCCACCUAGCCCGGGCAUCACCCGCUAGCCGCUCACAGGAUGGAGAACAAGCGCUGCUUCACCAACCGCUUCUCCGACUACAGGGGCAGCCUGGUCCCCGGGCAGAGCAGCGAGCUGGGGGCUCCGUUCAUCCUGAAGACGAUAGAGCGCAUCCUGGGGCAGCUACCGGCACAGGGAGGACAGGAGGGCGGGCUGCACGGAGGGCUGGCCGGGGUGGCAUACAUGCUGUACCACGUCUCCCAGUGCCCGCUGUUUAGCGCCCAGAGGGACAGCUACCUGCGCCGUGCGGGCUCCAUCAUAGAGUCUUGUGUGUUUUACUAUGACCUGGAGCAGGACCGGGAGACCCGCGCCUCCUUCCUGCUGGGCGGCGCUGGGGUGUACGCUGCGGCCGCUCUUAUCUACAAGGAGCUGGGGCGAGAGGACUGCGGCGAGAUGCUGAACAGGUUCCGGGCGCUGUGCGACGUGUGUGUGCCGCUCGGCUUCCUGGAGUGCGGCUCCGACGAGCUGUUCGUGGGCAGGAGCGGAUACCUGUGCGCUGCCAUGGUCCUGAAGCAGAAGCUGGGCAUGGAGGUGUUAACAGCAGCACAGAUCAGGUCAGUCUGCCAUGCCAUCCUAGAAUCCGGGAAACAGUACUCAAAGAAGAAGAGGAAACCAUUUCCACUUAUGUACUCAUACUAUGGGACAGAAUACCUUGGGGCAGCUCAUGGGCUUUCUUCCAUACUGCAUAUGCUACUGUCCUUCCAGGAGUACCUUCAACCAUCUGACCGGGACCUUGUUUGGCAAAGUGUUGACUUUCUUGUGAACCAGGAACAAAAUUGCAAUUGGCCACCAGAGCUUGGAGAAGUGAUAGAGCGUGAAAAUGAACUUGUCCAUUGGUGUCAUGGAGCACCAGGCAUCGCCUAUCUUUUUGCAAAAGCCUAUUUAUUGUCAAAGAAGCCAUGCUACCUCGACACUUGUAUCCGCUGUGGAGAGCUAACCUGGCAGAAGGGCUUGCUGAAAAAAGGACCUGGUAUCUGUCAUGGAGUUGCCGGCAGUGCCUAUGUGUUUCUAUUACUUUACAGACUUACAGGCAACUCUAAGUACAUCUACAGAGCUCAGAGAUUUGCAGAAUUUCUGUCUUCAGAUGAAUUCAGAAAUGGAUCAUGUACUGUUGAAAGCAUUUACAGUCUCUUUGAAGGUUGGUCUGGGACGGUCUGUUUUCUGGUUGACCUACUGCAGCCAAACCAGGCUGAAUUUCCACUUUUUAGUGUCUUUGUGUGUAUUGAGACCCUUUACAUCUACUUUAAUGCUGGUAAAAUAGAAGAACCCUAUGUCAGUAUCACCAGAAAGAAACAAUUACCCAAAGGAGGCUGUACAGAUGAAGUGGAAAAGGAAGUGGGUCAAGCUGAAAGAAAACUCUUUACACACAGAUCUGCUUUCAGCCGGGCCUCUGUUAUCCAAGCUUUCCUCGGAUCAGCACCUCAACUGACCCUUCAACUAUACAUCUCUGUAUUACAGCAAAAUGUUUCAGUAUCACUACGUAUCUUCAUGUGCAUUUCUUUGCUGUCCAUUGUGUAUGGAGCAUUACGGUGCAAUAUCUUGGCGAUUAAGAUCAAGUAUGAUGACUAUGAUAUAAGUAUUAGACCAGCUGCCUAUCUGUGCAUAUUCCUAUGGAGGAGUCUGGAGAUUGCCACAAGAGUCAUUGUACUGGUUCUUUUCAGCUCGGUGCUUCAGAUAUGGACCCUGCCAGUGGUCUUAUUAAACUUUUUUGUGUUUUUCUUUUAUCCAUGGAUUCUUUUUUGGCAGAGUAAGUCUCCUUUUCCUGAAAACAUAGAAAAAGCAUUGUCAAGGGUUGGUACUACAAUCGUACUCUGCUUCCUCACCUUUCUUUAUGCCGGCAUCAACAUAUUUUGUUGGUCUGCUGUUCAGCUCAAGAUUAAUGACCCAGAUCUGAUCAACAAAUCUCAAAACUGGUAUCGUAUGGCUGUGUACUAUAUGGUAAGAUUUAUUGAAAAUGCUGCUCUCUUGCUGCUGUGGUAUAUAUACAGAACAGAUGUUUAUAUGUAUGUAUGUGCCCCACUGCUUGUAUUGCAGCUGUUGAUUGCAUAUUGUAUGGCAGUGCUGUUUAUGCUUAUAUUCUACCAGUUUUGCCAUCCUUGUAAAAAACUUUUCUCUUCGAGCAUCUCUCAAGGACUCCUCUCCUGUUUCAAAUUCUUGUGCUACCUGUGUAUACCCUCAAAAUCCCCAAACAAAGGGGAUAAAUUUGGGGCCAAAUUAUCAAAUAGUUCUGACAUCAGCGAGCACAUGAAGGCUGUGGAUUCUCAGAAUGGCAAUACACAUCUGGAUGCAUCUUGCACCGCAUAAAAAUGCAUUGGACUUUUAAUAAUGUCACCUUACUACUGAGUAUAGGACUGUUGUAUCUCUUCUGCCAGCUUCAAAGCAUGUAAAGUACUUUAUGCAAUUAAGCUCAAAGGGCAUCACUUAGCUAUAUGGGUGAUGGAUAAUAGUAUAAAUGAAAUAUGCUAAACCAAUCAUAAUGACUAAAUAAAUAUGUACAUAUUAUUUUUUUAAUUUAUCUUCCAUGUUUUGUGAUCAGACGUUAUUUGGUAAUAAACUUUUUGGUU